UGCAAACCAACCUUGCGCGGACGUUGAGUUGACCAUCAUAUGUCGAGCUGCUGAUAUAUACUGAUAUGAAAAACAACAGUAAUCAACAAAUUGUUAAGUUUCGGAAUUCUGGAAUCUUUUCUCUCGAUCAGUUCCUCCCUUACCUUCUGCCAUAUUCGCUUCGGAGUUCUCUGAGAAAAUCUCUUAUUUUCUCUCACCAAAGGCAUGUACCCAGUUCAUCUUAUCAAUAGGAACCUUUACAUCUUUUCCAUUAAAGUCCGGUGAACCAAUAUCCAUGAGUCCAGGUGGCUACACUGCUGAAGUUACAAGCCUGUCCCCAAUUGCUACUGAGAAGGACAUCAAUGAUUUCUUUGCUCUUUGUGGGAAGAUUGAUCAUGUGGAGAUUGUCAGAGCUGGUGAACAUGGUAGUACAGCAUAUGUGACAUUUAGAUCUUCACAUGCUCUCGAGACAGCUGUAUUGCUUAGUGGUGCAACAAUUUUGGAUCAACGUGUAUGCGUAACACGCUGGGGACACUAUGAAGAUGAAUGUGAUUAUUGGAACCCGUCUGCAUGGAAGCCACAAGAAGCAAGUGAAUCAGCUGGGCAUGCACAAGGCCACCAAUACAUUCCUUCUGCGGGUGAAGCUGUGACCAUUGCACAAGAUGUGGUCAAAUUAAUGCUGUCUAAAGGGUAUGUGCUAGGGAAAGAUGCUCUGGGUAAGGCUAAAGCUUUUGACGAAUCAUAUCAAUUGUCAGCCACUGCAGCAGCCAAAGUGGCUGUUUUAAGCGAGAGGGCAGGCCUUACCAACAAGGUUUUUGCGGGGGUUGAAGCUGUUAGAUCGGUGGAUCAGAAGUUACACAUUUUGGAAAGCACCAAGUUGGCUGUAUCGGCUACUGGGAAAACCGCUUUCGCAGCUGCAAAUGCAGUUGUUGGAAGCUCCUAUUUCUCCAAAAGUGCUUUAUGGGUCUCGGGGUUUUUGAGCAAAGCAUCAAAAGCUGCAUCUGAUUUGGGCAGUCAAGGGAUCAACAAAUAAUGAAUAUAGAUAGUAGUUAUGGCGAGUCUAGUUUAAUGAUGUUUGUUUCGAGUCACAGUUUCAUAUUUUAGUUGCAGCUUACUCGGUUAGAAAUAAUAUGUUGAAAUUGAAAUGUGCAGUGUGCUAGGUUCAUACAUAGUUUUAGGUUGGAGCUUGCCUUGCAAGUUGCAAAUGACAGGGCAAUAAUAGUGUGUACUUUACGUGAAUUUGCCUUCCUAUUUCUUCAUUUGUACCGAAUGUAAUUUACUUCCGUGUUGAGAUUAUCUCCUAUUGUAUAGGAGAAAUUCUACCUCUAGUCCAUCCAGUGUAGUGCUUGACGAACGAGUCCGGGUUUUGAUGUGUAAACCUGUUUGGUUUUUGAGUUAAUAGAUUGAAACCUACCCUAUGAAAUUAUACAGUAGAUAUGUGGGUUUAUUCUUU